AUGGCCUCUCCAUCAGCAGCUGUGUUACUGGGGCAGCAGAGUUGUGGCGGUAUAGAUCUGUUGGAUGAAUGCAGUAAGAGGUUCCCAAUUCAGACACUACCAGGCGGAGAUAAUGCUCAAGACCUGAGACAGAUCAAGGCACAGCGGAUACUUAUGAACAGUCCCAAUGGCACGGGGCACAUCAAGUGUAUGGUCACAUUGAAAGGAGAUUCUAUAUUUGAAGCAGACAUCAACUUCAAACAUAAACAGGGUAGAGCUAGGGUAGAUGGGGGUAUGGGUAGAGCACCACAUCUACAAGACCAGCAUCCUGGAGCUGGGGAGAUGGGGGUUAUGGUAGCUGGGGAGGAAGGGGUAUGGGUAGACCUAGGAGAGGAAGGGGUAUUUAUAGAGCUGGGGAGAGGAAGGGAUCUUCACGGGUUUGUGAUGUUACAGAUUCAGGAUGCUGGGAACCACCUAUGCAGGGCAAUGAUGACACUGAACAGUCACGAUGGCAGCUACAAGUUCAAGUCAGGGACGGAGGUUAUACUGCUGCUCGAUGACAUCAUGAAGAGCUUGCUGAAGGGCCGAGGAAGUCUUACAUUGCCAAAACGGAAAUCAUUACAAGAGCUUGUCAAUAACAGAAAUAUGCAUGUUUUGUACCCUCCUGUGCCAAGUGACAUCGCCCUCUCCUUCUACAUCCAUGCAUCCAAGUUGAUCCUGGCGCUCUACCAUGUUCACAUCACCGGCCAGAAGAUCGAAGUCACAGCCCGCUACCAGGUGGAAACUGUUGUACAGUGGCUCAAUGAUGCCAUCAUGCUCUUCACACUGGCUCUGCAGCAGUGUCAGCAACUCAAGGACAAGCUGACCGUGCUACUCCAGUACAAGGGAAUAUCGUAAGUGACGAGAUCCUAGCAGCCUGACCACCGGACAUCACAGACGAUGUCCUUGCAGCUGUCUCAUAGACACACUGUGUUUUAAAACGAUAUCACCUUAGAGAGAUAUCCAUUGCUGAGACAGGAACAGCGGUGGAUAACAGAUAAAUAUGUCAUAAAAAAUGAUAUCAUCUCGCUAAAGUAUGAAUACUGUGAGAUAAGUAAUGUUAUCAAUAGAGUGAUAUGUCACUUAACACAGAUAUCAAGAGGACUGACAAGAAAAGUGUUAUCAACAGGAUAAGUAUGUGAUAACAGAAUGAUAUCACUUUACUGAUAUGUUAUACACAGUGUGACAUCAAUAGAUAUAGUGACAUAGUGAUAUGAUGGAAGUGAUAUCACCUUGCACAAUCAUAAUGAAUACUGACAUGUUAGGGUCGUCGUCAGAAUACUUUUGUUUAGAAACAUCACAAUAUAACAGACACAUAAAAUCUGUUCAGGCUACCUAUUCACCUUACCAUGAAUUCCACAUUUCCUCUAUAAGAUACCUGGAUCUCCUGUGAUGUCAUGCAAGAAGUUGAUAGAUAUUAUACAAUUAUAGACUCUUGUAGAGGUCGAUUUCG